AAACCUCGAAAAACAACCACGUACGUUUUAAAAUCGCUCUGAGUCACUACGGAAAGUCGGAGGGUUCAUCCACUGACAGCACGCUCUUUCCCAGAAGCCUUCCCUCAUAUUGUACACAAUCAUCAUGGCGGCGCAGGAUGGAAGUGAAGUAGGAGGAAUGGUAGAUGAGGUCAUGCAGAAAGCACCAGAAGAAUUGAGUGAAGCUGCUGGACAAGGAGAUGCAUCAGGAACUGAACAAGCAUCUCUUACUGAUGGUGAAAGCACGUCAGCAGAGCCUCCUGUGGUCAGCAAUGGAGAAGAAAGUGAUGAGGGGAAAGAGAUGGUGGAUGUGAAAAUUAUUUGGAACAAAAACAAAUAUGAUCUGAAAAUUCCUUUAGAUGGCACUGGAGCUAAGCUUAAAGAGAAGAUUCACGCACUCACUGGUCUUCCACCUGCUAUGCAGAAAGUGAUGUACAAAGGACUGCUACCAGAGGACAAGACACUUCGAGAAAUCAAAGUUACAAAUGGUGCAAAAAUAAUGGUGGUCGGGUCUACAAUAAAUGAUGUAUUAGCUGUAAAUACACCAAAAGAAGUUAUUCAGCAAGAAGUUAAAGCUGAGGAAAACAAAAAGGAGCCAUUGUGCAGGCAAAAGCAACAUAGAAAAGUUUUGGACAAAGGAAAACCAGAAGAUGUCAUGCCAUCAAUAAAAGGAGUCAAGGAGCGCCUUCCAACAGUGCCUUUAUCAGGAAUGUACAACAAAUCUGGGGGAAAACUUCGACUAACAUUCAAACUGGAACAGGAUCAACUGUGGAUUGGAACAAAAGAAAGAACAGAAAAAAUCCCAAUGGGUUCCAUCAAAAAUGUUGUGACUGAGCCAAUAGAAGAUCACGAGGACUAUCACAUGAUGGCAUUUCAGCUGGGUCCGACAGAAGCCUCGCAAUAUUGGGUCUAUUGGGUGCCUGCACAGUUUGUUGAUGCAAUCAAAGACACAGUCCUUGGAAAAUGGCAGUAUUUUUAAUGUGCCUCAAUAGACACUGAAAAAUUGGGAUUAAGAGCAAAAGAUUGAAAACAUUAACUGGAGCCAACACAAUAAUCUGAAGAACUGAUUUUUCUGAAGUAUAUACCAGAGCAAAGCGAAGGAUUGCUGUUGGGACAAAAUAUGAUUUCGGGGGUUUUAAAUGCACUAAGAGUCAGCAUCACAUUUUUCAAACUGUUUCACCACUCGUUUUUUUUAAGCUAUUGCAAGCAUAAACAGAAUUGUACAGAACUUGCAUAUACAUUUCUCAUAGUUAUUCUGACAGAAAUAAAAACAUUAUUUAAGGACAAUUAUUGAUGCAGUAGGAAGAUUUUAUCUAGUCUAUUCUUUGGUUUUCCAUACAACUCAAGGAAACUUGCCAAAGUUGACAAUUCACAAGUUGUUGAUUUUACAAUCAGCUUCUCUCAUUGCACAGAUAAUAUUUUACAUGUAAAACAGCAGUGUUGUAACACAAGAAAUUAAUCCAGGUUAAAAGAAAAUUGUGCAUUACAAAUUAUUAUUUUUUUUUUUAAAGAAAGCAUUUUCCUCAAGACUUUAAAUAUCACAUAAAUAUCUCAUUUUCUAUUGAAAGCAUGAGGCUUAUUUUCUGUGAAUGCAUUGCAGAAUUACAGCUAUGGAGCCAAGAAUACAAUUAUUCUGCCACUGUGCUUUCAACAAACCCUGUGAUACUUCAAAGUGAUAGUUCACCCCAAAAUUUUAAUUAUCUUAUCAUCUACACACCCUCAUGCCAUUCCAGAUGUGUAUGACUGAAUUUCUUUUGCAAAACACAUUUGAAGAAAAAUGGAAAAAUAUCUCCGCUCAGUAGGUUCUUAUAAUGGAAAUGGAUGGUAAGAUGAAUUUUGAUGUUCCAAAAAGCAGAGACAAUCAGCAUUAACAUCAUCCAUAUGACUCCAGUGGUUAAAUGAAUGUCUUAUAAAGUGAUACAAUCGUUUUUGUGUGCGGAAAAGAUACAAAUGUAAGUACUUUUUAAACUAUAAAUCAUCAAGUCUUGUGAGCAGCAGUAUGCACGUUCACGAAAGGACUGAGGUCAUGCCGUCUUUACAGCAAUGGCAUGGCAAUGUUCCAUUCAUUGCAGCAGACGCUCUCUACCUCUGUUGGUAUUGCCUACUCCGUUGUAAACAGCGAUGCUCUUCCAGGUGGGUCACACAUGGUUCUCUUCUCAGGUGAACAUGCCUACGCCAAUACGUCACAUGAGAGACCGCGUGACCUCAGCCCUUUAAUGAAAGCGUAUACCGCUGCUUAAUGGAAGCGAUUAUUUAUAGUUAAAAAGUACUUAUGUGUUGCUAUUUUUUACACCAAAAGUGAUCAUAUCACUUUAUAAGGCAUUCAUUUAACCACUGGAGUCGUAUGGAUAACGUUAAUAUUGAUUGUCUGUGCUUUUUUGAGCAUCAAAUGUUGUUUUGCCAUUAUUAGGACCUACUGAAAUGAGAUAUUUUCUAUUUUUCUACAAAUGUGUUCUGCUAAGAAAUAUAUAUCAUAUAAGUCAUACACAUCUGGGAUGGCAUGAGGGUGAGUAACUGAUGAGAGAAUUUGCAUUUUUGGGUGAACUAUCCCUUUAAUGUUGUUUUUGUUAGUUUGUUUGUUUUUAGAUUUUAUUGUAAAUGCAGGGAUGUCCCUUAGCCCAAACCCACCCUCUCAAAUCGGAUGUAAUAUUAGGAAGAACUGUGUUAAUGUUCCGUCAAUACACAGUCACAUAACUUGCUGAUGAGUAAGUAUUCUGAUAAACAGCCAGGCCAUCAUGCAUGUUGUUUAUUUCAAACAUGGUGCUAAGCAUUUUUAUUUUAAUAAAGCCUAAAAGUAAGGAAGAAUUCCAGUGACCUAUCUGUGAUCUAUUUGCUUAUUCAGUAUUUUUUUUUUUUAAUUUUUUAUCUGAACUGUAUAUAUAUAUAUCAGUUUACAAUUAAGAAUCCCAUAUUCCAGAAAUUAAGUGUCCAUGUUCCACCUUCAGUAUGAUGAUGCAAUUUAAUUUAUAUCUGUCUCAAAUUAUUUCAAAGAUUCCAUUUUAAUUAAUGAAUGGAGAGGUUCUAAUUAAACAGAUUUUUUCCUGAGGUUUUAGAAUCUCAAUUGCAAUUGAAUAUAAUUUUGUUUUUAACAAAGUAGUAUUUGUGUAUCUAUAGGAGUAACAAUGCUUUCCAUAAGGCUUCAUGUAUCACUCCAACAAAAGAGCUCUCUCAUGCUGGGUAAAAAAUAA